CCCCUCUGUGUGGCACUGAUCACCCCUCAUACCGGAGGCAGCGCUGCCCUCUGCACGCCGCUCCUGCCAGCGUACAACCAGGCGGAUGUACCGAUGGCUCGUACUGUAUUUCUGGUGACUUUCACGUGAUGUUAUUGUGUGUUGCGGGCUGUCUGCCAACCUCUCGCCUUCCACCCGGCCGUGUGCAUGAGCGGACUGGCUGGAGGUAGAUGUGUGACAGCAGCAGAUCCAUGCGCGCCGGUUUGGUGCAGGCGGCGAAGGCGCUCUGAAAACCUCCAUCUCUGCCCGAGAGAGUCGACUGGAGCUGUCUGGCUGGUGCCGCUGCACUACUAUGAUUCUGAGCUCAUGAAGAUUUUGUAAAGGAAAAAAGAAAAUCCAUUCCCGUUAAAGCCCACUUGUUUUCUCAAUGGCUUCCCGCAGCCAAGGCUUCUUCCACCAUCAUCAUCACCACCAUCACCACCACCAUCGCAACUCCAUGGUGCCUGCGACGGUACCGAGGCUGCUGCCCGAAAAUGGCAGCCUGCUGGGAGGCAUCGCACAAAUCACCCCCAACCUCUUCCUCAGCAGAGGUAACGUGGCUUCCAACCGCAGCCUGCUGCUAUCUAAAGGCAUCACCUGUGUGGUCAACGCCACCAUUGAGCUCCCCAACUUUAACUGGCCUCACAUGGAGUAUGUAAAGGUCCCACUGGCGGAUAUGCCCCACUCCCCCAUCUCCUUGUACUUCGACAGCGUGGCCGAUAAGAUCCACAGUGUGGGACGUAAGCGAGGGGCGGUGUUGGUGCACUGUGCAGCGGGAGUGAGCCGCUCCGCUUCUCUGUGUCUGGCGUAUCUCAUGAAGUACCACCGUGUGUCUCUGGCCGAGGCCCAUGCCUGGGUCAAAGCCCGCCGCCCCGUCAUUAGGCCCAAUGGUGGCUUCUGGCGCCAGCUAAUCGAGUACGAGAGGAAGCUGUUCGGCAGAAACUCUGUUAAGAUGGUGCAGACGCCCUACGGGGUCAUACCUGAUGUUUAUGAGAGGGACCGCAGGAGCCUCGCUCCAUACUGGGGCCUGUGAGAGAGGCAGUGCCGACUGUUCAGUGGGGGAUCGAGGAGGAAAGUGAAGCCCUUUUGCCCUUCUGGACUGGAGGUUCCUACCUGCUCUGGACAGAGGAAGAGAAAAUGCACAAGUGUGCGUGUGUGUGAAGCUUAAUUAAUGAGUGAUGGUGCUUUUGGACAGAGGGAGUUCAAUCAAACACUGGCCGUUGAUGGUGCUGCUGUUGAUCCAACCAGUUUUCUCCAGUUAAGUCUUUAAGUGGGAGAAAGGGGACUUAAAGCCCAGAAUCAUUCGGACCAGAGGAUUGGAUGGGACCACAAUGAUGUCAGACACCAAAACAAGAUAAAACUUUGAGUUGAAGUCAGUGCCGUCCUUCUCCGGGUCUGUCUUUCCAGCUCCAGAGGAUGAUAGAAGUGUUCAAACUCUGACAGUGAUGUGACUGAAGUUCUUUUCCUGACGUGGUGUCAUGUGGUGGUAUUGUGCCAGUUUUGCAGUAAUCCUUAGUGUGAAGGGCAGCAGCAUGCUCUUAAUUUAUGGUAGCAUUAAAGAUAAGUGUACAGAAAAAAAUAUAGGCAAAUUAUUCUAUUGGAAUGUAAUGAUAGUGAGGAAAAAAAAAAGCUUAUGGUGCACUUUAACUGAAUGAGAAUCAAAGAUGUUAUAUCAACCUUUUUAAGGUGAAAUUUGAAAAGAUGUAAGCUAGGAGUCGAGGUUUAGGGAAAGCUCCUGUGUAACACAGGGUUGACUGUUCCAUCCUGUGACCACACUAUGUUAUUGUAGUGCUAUUUGAUGCUAUAUUAAAGAAAAUAUCUGCUGCCUCAAUAGAAGUGGUAGCUCUGUGAAGUCUGUUUUCCAUCCCACAGUUUUUGCCUUUUAUCCAAAUUCGGGUAAGGCUGCAAAAAGAUCAGCGCAGCACAGAAAAGACAUUUUAUUUUCUGUCUGGAAACUGGUCCACCUCUGUGGUGUAGCGCUCUUUUGAAGAUCAGUAGGCUGAAGAUCUUUUUUUUUUUUUUUGCUAUCAUCUGCAGGGUGAAAUUUAAACUUUUUUUGCACGCUCUAGCCACACUUCAGAAAUACUGGUUGUAGGUCUGAGACAUACUGCAGUAAAUCAUAAUAAAAAUACACUUUGGGACAAUUAUCACAUAAAAGAUGAAAAAAGCCAAAAAAUGUCUGCAUACUUCAAGUGAUAUUUUCCUCUUAGAGCCAUCUCUAAGAAUGUGUCUGUAGAAUGUGUUUCCUUCUCAUAAAGCCUGGCUUAAAAUCCAGUUUUGUAAUAUUUAAGUCCUGCAUUAUUUACAUUCAUGUUCACUGUCUCGCUAUCUAGUCUCUACUGCUUUAUUUGGGGUAGUUUUUUGCAUUACUGACAUUCUAGUACUAUAUAAUAGUAUAAUAUAGUACUAUAUUAUCCAUAUAGUGUGACAGAACUAUAGACAAACUAAACAUAACCCCGGUUGAAAAACUGGUUGUUGAAAACACAGCUUUCCUCAAGUGAGAUGAAAUAUUUAUUGAAUCAGCUAAGAUUAAGCUUCUUCUGGCCAAAGUCCAAGAGUAUAUCCAUCAAAAGAAACACAUUAUCUCUGUAACCACACAUUGGGACAAAGAGCCAAAUUUAUUACAUUAGUUUGUACUGGGUACUUUCUCAGUAACUGUGGUACAGGUGGAUAAACAGAAGCCCUUGUAGCACAGAGUGCAGGUGCUAAAAUGGACAAUAUGUCACCUCACCAUUUCUUCCUACAGUACAAAACUGAAUCGAAAAUAUAGCCCUUUAAUGGCCCUAAGAUCCCUCAGAAUCAGCUGUUAAAAUGCAUUGUUGAACCCCUCUGUGUGAAACAGACAAUGAUGAAUCACAUGGUUGAGGAGAAGUCAUUCCUUUGUGACGACUUUAUUUGGAGCAGCUGUCAGUUAUAAUAACAGAAGGAAGCUUUUCAUGUAACAGAAACAACAUUAAGAAAAAUUCACUCGAUAUGUAAGAUGCUUCAUUGUUUCAGUCGUCAGUCACACAAACCUAGAUAUCAGCCGGCAACCACCUGGCAACCUCCAGUCGCUAGGGAAAAAUGUGUAUUCCCCAACCAGUGAGUGACUGGCUGCUGAAGGUUGCAAACUCUCGCAAGGUGAAAUCGGUCACGGAGACCGCCUUAUGAUUGCUUUGGUCUUUGGCAGAUAACUGCCUGUAGAUUCCAUGCAAGAUGCUGUUUUGUCUGCAAACAUUUGGCAGCGACUACAAAAACCACCUUGUGAUUGUUUUGGUUGCAAGCAGAUUAUCGCAGUUGGCUGUCGUUUGCAUGCGAACUACUUGCCAAGCGAUAUUGAAACUGGAAAUAGUGUGAUGCAAACCAGAAAUGGAGAACUUUUGCCUACAAAUUAUUAUUUUUUUCAAAAUUCAGUACUGUACUGAAAGUAGUUGGCAAGUGUUUGCAGACAAGUCAGCAUUUCCCAUGCAAACUACAUGUAACCACAGCAACCUGCUAGCAACCAAAGCAACUGGAAGAUUUUCUGUGCAACAACCUCUCUUUCAGCAACCUCCAGCAGCCACUCACAUUUUCCCCUAGUGAUCAGUGAUUGCCCAAUGCCUGUGCUGACCUGCUUGCCUUUGCUCCGUUCUUGGGCUAACUGUUAGCAUAGAGGUGGUGAAUUUUAUGGCAUAUAUCAACAAGCCACCGGCUUGUGAACAUAUUUUAGGGCCACUUCUUGGUAGCUGUCAGUACAUCCAUAUUUCUUUUUACUAUAAUGAGAAACUGUUGCAGUUAAAGCCAAAAAGAAAAGCAAAGAAGCAAAAAAAAAACAACUGUAUUUUUUCCUAAUAAAUAGCAACAUUUGUGUGUGUACUGGGCCAAUGAUUAAUAAAUCUAUUAUUUAAGAA